UCCGCUUGCAAGGUCUCCCGAUUGUGGCGGGGACCAUGGACAUUCGCCACUUCUUCUCUGGAUUGACCAUUCCUGAUGGGGGCGUGCAUAUUGUAGGGGGUGAACUGGAUGGCCGGGUGCGUGUCCAGGGUGGAGUUGACGGUGUCCUGCCGGAGCCUCCUCGACAGGGACCUGGGCUCCAGGUCGGAUCCCCUCUGCGUCUUGCUCCAGGAGGUGGGCGGCGGCCGGUGGGCUGAGCUAGAUCGCACAGAGAGCAUCAAGAACUCCCAAAACCCCGAAUUCUGCAAGAAACUGGUUGUGGACUACUACUUUGAGAAAGUGCAGAAGCUGAAAUUCGCCAUGUAUGAUAUCGAUAACAAGUUCUUUGAUUUAAAUGACGAUGACUACCUUGGAGGGAUCGAGUGUACGCUGGGGCAGAUUGUGUCCAGCUCGGUGUUCACCCAACCACUAGAAUUGAAGCAGGGAAAGCCAGCAGGAAAGGGCACCAUUACGAUUUCAGCAGAGGAGAUUAAAGAUACCAGGGUUGUGUACUUGGAAAUUGAAGCCCAAAACUUGGAUAAAAAGGAUUUCUUAGGUAAAUCAGAUCCAUUUUUGGAGUUUUACAAGCAGUAUGAUGCUGGAAUGUGGCAGCUGGUGUACAGAUCAGAGGUGAUUAAGAACAACUUAAAUCCAUGCUGGAGGAAGUUCAGUGUUCCUUUGCAGAUGUUCUGUGGUGGAGAUUUUAAUAAACCUAUUAAGGUACAGUGUGCAGAUCAUGACAGUGAUGGGUCGCAUGACUUGAUAGGCUCUUUUGAAACUAACCUGACUCAGCUGCAGAAAGCAGGUGGCAGCUCUCCGGUGGAAUUUGAAUGCAUUCAUCCUGAGAAAAAACAAAAGAAAAAGAGCUACAAAAACUCUGGCAUUAUUAGGAUAAAAUCCUGCAAGCUUGAGACAGAAUAUUCAUUCCUGGACUACGUCAUGGGAGGCUGCCAGAUUAACUUUACAGUGGGUGUAGACUUCACUGGCUCCAACGGAGAUCCCAAGUCACCAGAUUCUCUUCACUACAUCAGCCCGGACGGGAUAAAUGAGUACCUAAUUGCCAUCUGGAGUGUGGGAAGUGUAGUCCAGGAUUAUGACACGGACAAGCUGUUUCCUGCGUUUGGGUUUGGAGCUCAGGUUCCUCCUAGCUGGCAGGUAUCUCAUGAGUUUGCUUUGAAUUUCAACCCCAGCAACCCUUAUUGUCAAGGCAUCCAAGGAAUAGUGGAUGCCUACCGCCAGAUCCUGCCUCAGAUCCGACUCUAUGGGCCAACCAAUUUCUCUCCUAUUAUAAACCACGUGGCAAGGUUUGCAGCACACUCAGCACAACAAGGAACUGCUUCACAAUAUUUUAUCUUGCUGAUCAUCACAGGUGGAGAGAUCACUGAUCUGGACCAAACUAGGCAAGCGAUUGUUAAUGCCUCUAAGCUGCCGAUGUCCAUCAUUAUUGUUGGAGUUGGUGAAGCUGAUUUCAAAGCAAUGGAGUUCCUUGAUAGAGAUGACGGUGUCCUGAAGUCCCCGACAGGAGAGUCAGCUGCACGAGACAUUUUCCAGUUUGUGCCUUUUCGACAGUUCAAAAAUGCUCCCCGGGAAGUGCUUUUGCACAUGGUUCUGGCUGAAGUGCCUAAGCAGCUGGUGUCGUACUACAAAUGGCAGGGAUGGCCACCUGUGAAACCACCAGAAAUAAAGACAAUGUAGAUUGCAGCCUGACCCUGGCCACCUGUAUCACUGGGGUGAAGAGAGCUGUCUCCACCCUUGCUCUACCUUGCACACUGUGGGUGCUCAGUGCCUCGAAGUUGUACAUUCACACUAAUCCUUUUACUUGCCUGUGCUCUGUAUCUUUGAUCUUUCCUGUUCCUAAUUGGAAGAAAUGUAAAUACAGAAAAAAACCGUAA